AAACAUAAAUUUGUCCUAAAUUACCCCACAAAAUACUGUUGAAUUGGGCUUAAAUUACAUAAAUUAACCAAUGAGCAAAGCGUGCAUCCGAAUCGCAACUGGUAGAAGCCCAAUUGUUGGAUCAAACCAUCGCAACCCACAUCUGUCCAUCAAACACAUAUACAGUGAAUCGACCGCUGCUGCCCCAAGUCCAGACUUUUCUGCAAAGAGAAGAAGAAGAAGAAGAAGAAGCAAAAUCAAAAUGGGAAUAUGGGCAUGCUUAGGAGUGAUUUCGCCAUUCCCGUUUUACUAUUUUCUUUGGAAUAAUCCACAAUCAUGGGUUGAUCUGUGUGGGCGAGGGCGUGACCCCUGCAGAGUCAUGGCGCUGGUGUCGCAUUUCCUCAAGCUUGCCCAGUUCAUAGCGCUCUUCUCGGUCUCCACUUUCAGGGUCUACCAGCUGCUGGGAGAGUCAGGAACUUACUAUGGCAUUCGUUUCGGGAAAAACAUUCCAUGGGUGACGGAGUUUCCCUUUGGAGUGAUCAGUGAUCCUCAGUACAUUGGAAGCAUCAUGAGCCUUCUCGCUUGUCUUCAUUGGGUUCCCUUUCUAUACAUUAUCCUCUGGGUUCUUGGCUACAUGUUUAUGAUGAAAGUUGAGUCAAAGGAAGACCCCUCGACUCGUGCAAAGCCACUCUCUUGAGUUUAGCAUCAGGUAAUUCCAAUCUUUUUCCUAGUUCUUUCGGUCCCUUUCUCAUGUAUGCCCACAAAAUUUUGUUCGUUUCGUUAGAACGAUCUUUAGAACGUACUUUUAGUUGGUAUAAUCAAUAACGUCGGCCGAUUCAAGAAA